AUGGGGCUGGCGACCAAAGGCAUCGGCCAGAGGCUGACCGGUCCACGAGUCGUAGCUGGAAAAGCUAUUCGCGUCCACAUUUCAAAAGUAGCCGGGCAAGGCCGUGUCACCAUUGACGUCGCUGCAGGCGUCAUGUUGCGUCGCAGACCGAUACAAAGGCUAUGCUGUGGUGGUCUUGGCAAACUUAUGUAUCUACUAAUUGCCCUAUUCUUCGUCAUCAAAGUCAGCAUCGUCAACAUCGUCGGCAUCGUCAUCAUUGUCGUUCUGGCCUCCAUUCUUUCCACAUUUAAUCCCGUUCUUAAUUUUGACGCAAGUAAAGCCGGGGCCGCCGCUAGUACUUGCGCUGGCACUGCCAUCUUCGGUGGUGCAGGUGAGGAUGUCUCCAACUCGAGAGCAGAUCAGCCCGUCGCUGGUCUUGACGCCACCGGCGCCUGCGCCUGCGCCUGCGACUGCGUCUUUGCCUGCGCCUGUAAUGCUUUUGCCGAUCUGGACGCAAUCAGGUCCGUUGCCGUUGACAAUGGCACCGAGAUCGCCCGCCUCAGAGAUGAUGGCGGUGUCUCGGGCCGCGGCUCCCGUCCUGGAAGCGGCGGCGAGGCCGCAAGCGAGCGAGAGCAGAGAGAGCUUAAUGGUGAGCAUUGUAUACAGUUGAAAAGGUAG